UGGUGCCUUAGCUGUGUUUGUCGUUAACGAAACACUUUAUCAAAACUACUUCGGCCGACACUCUCUCUGCAUAUAUCACCCUGUGUUAUACGCCCGCGUGGAAGUAGAAGGCUAAGAAGAAGAACGCAGGAUAAUGGCCGUUAAAAUAACCUGGCUCAUCUGGAUCACCAUUCUUGUGUCCUGUGAGCUUUACGUUGAAGCCGAUAUAACAUAUAUCUCGGCUCGCAUUCCCCUUCAGGGUCAACGUUGGCCACCAGGAUCACCAUGGCCUCUACCGUUACAGUGGAGACACAGCCCCCUACUUCUUACAAUAAACCCUUCCAACUUUCCCAUGGUAACGGACUUGGAGAGCUGUGACGUCAUCGACAAAGCGUUGCAUCGAUACCGAGGCUUGUUGUUCCAGAAUCCCAAUGUCACCGAGGACAAGAACCUGCCAGUUUUACCUAAACUUCGUGUUCAUAUUUCAAGUCGAGUUUGUGGACUUUAUCCCAAACAAGACACAGACGAGCAGUAUGAACUGGAUAUUCACAGCGAAAAUGGCGUGACGGUAACCGCACGUGAGGUGUGGGGGGCUCUCAGAGGGUUGGAAACGUUUAGCCAGUUAGUGUACACAAGCAACAACGUGUAUCGAGUAAAUGAUACGAGAAUCCGAGAUUGGCCGCGAUUCAACUACCGCGGCUUGCUGGUGGACACAGCGAGGCAUUACAUCCGGGUGCCUGUGAUCUUAACGGUUCUGGAAGCCAUGUCUUACAACAAGCUGAACGUCUUCCACUGGCAUAUAGUGGAUGACCAAUCUUUUCCCUACGUCAGCAAGAAGUUCCCGGAGCUCUCCAAUAAGGGUGCGUACAGUCCCCACCAUGUGUACACGCAAGCCGAUGUUGCCAAAGUCAUUGAGUUCGCCAGAUUACGGGGUAUUCGGGUGAUUCCGGAAUUUGACACGCCGGGUCACACACAGUCCUGGGGGAAGGCAUAUCCGGAGUUACUCACGCCGUGUUGGGUUGACAAUCAACCCUUUCGUGACUUGUACGGGCUCGAAGGUCACGCAAGGUCAGAAAACAUGGACCCCACCAAAAAUCAAACCUUCGAGUUCAUGAGGGAUUUCUUCAGCGAAAUCAUCGAAGUGUUUAAGGAUGAGUAUAUUGACCUGGGGAUGGAUGAGGCACACUAUUACUGCUGGCAAUCCAGUCCGAACAUCUCCCAGUUUAUGGCAGAUAGAGGUUAUGAGCCUGACGAAUAUUACAAACUGGAGGAGUACUACGACACCAAGGUCAUCAAUAUCGUCCGUUCUCUUGGUGCUAAGGUGUUCAUUUACCAAGAUCCCAUUGAACACGGAGCUAAGGUUGACAAAAACACAAUCGUGAGGGUGUGGAAAGGCAAGGGCCAGUGGCAAGACUACGCAUACACAAUCACCGAUCUGGGCUAUAACGUCACUAUCACAUCUUGCUACUAUCUGAAUUACAUCAGUUACGGGGAAGAUUGGCGGAAAUACUACCUGUGUGAUCCUCAGCAAUUUAAUGGCACACAAAAACAGAAAGACCGUAUUCUCGGGGGAGAAGCCAGUAUUUGGACAGAAUAUGUGGACGAAACGAACCUUCUUAGUCGUCUCUGGCCUCGUGGCUCGGCUGUUGCGGAAAGGCUGUGGAGUGACGCGGACGUCAACGACACUGAUAGUGCUGCAUUCCGAUUGGACGAACAUAGAUGUAGAAUGAGAAGACGAGGAAUCCCUGCCCAGCCUGUACUUCCAGGUAAUUGUGGUGACCUUGACCUUAAACCCGUGGCGGACGUUAUCAUGACAACCCCGUGCAAGACUUCAUCAGCAAAGACAUCAACAACUUCCGUCUGUGUAUGGCUAAUUGGAUUUUUAAUGUAUGCUGUCUUCUAGCAAAGACUGUCAGUAUAUUUAUGAGUUUUUUAAUCUAAUAUUUUUGAGGAGCAAUACUAUGUAACACAUAUCGCCAUACCUAAUAAUUCCCAUUUGAUCAACCGUCAACCGUCAACCGUCAACCGUCUGGAUGUGUUGGAUUGAUCUGAAUAUUGUCCCAUAGCAGAAAAUAAACGUCAAAAUAUGUAAAACUUUUCCUUUGCUGGUAACCGAUAUAUUUUAAGACAGGGAGGGUGGAGGAUGGACAGCGGUCUAGGUCAGUUGGAGAAACCAUUUGAGCUUCCCAAAACUUACAAAAUACGAACAUGGUGAGGUGUA